GGGGGGGCCGGUUUGUUGUGGUCGCCAUUUUGCUGGUUGCAUUACUGGGUAAUCGGGCCCUGGCUCGUCGCGUCCGUCGGAUCCCCUCAGCCAGCGGGCAGGUCUGAGCUCGGGCUUCCCGAGCGGCUGGAGUCCCCUCGCCCGCGCCCUCAGGUCUCAGCGGCGGUGGCAGCCGAGGUGCAGGAUGCGAGAAGGCGCCCCCCGGCCGGGCUCCCGCUCCAGGCCUCGCUCCCCUGCGGCCCUCUGAGCCCACCAUGGCCGUUCCUCAGGGCCAUGGUCCCUUCUCUGGCUUCCCCGGGCCCCAGGAGCAUACACAGGUAUUGCCCGAUGUACGGCUACUGCCACGGAGGCUGCCCCUGGCAUUCCGGGAUGCGACGUCAGCCCCGCUGCGCAAGCUCUCUGUGGACCUCAUCAAGACCUACAAGCACAUCAAUGAGGUUUACUAUGCGAAGAAGAAGCGGCGGGCCCAGCAGGCCCCACCUCAGGACUCGAGCACCAAGAAGGAAAAGAAGGUCCUGAACCACGGUUAUGACGACGACAACCACGACUACAUUGUGCGCAGUGGCGAGCGCUGGUUGGAGCGCUACGAGAUCGACUCGCUCAUCGGCAAAGGCUCCUUUGGCCAGGUGGUAAAAGCCUACGAUCAUCAGAGCCAGGAGCUGGUGGCCAUCAAGAUCAUCAAGAACAAAAAGGCCUUCCUGAACCAGGCCCAGAUUGAGCUGCGACUGCUGGAGCUGAUGAACCAGCACGACACGGAGAUGAAGUACUACAUAGUGCACCUGAAGCGGCACUUCAUGUUCCGGAACCACCUGUGCCUGGUGUUCGAGCUGCUCUCCUACAACCUGUACGACCUCCUGCGCAACACGCACUUCCGUGGCGUCUCGCUGAACCUGACUCGGAAGCUGGCCCAGCAGCUCUGCACGGCGCUGCUCUUCCUGGCCACACCCGAGCUCAGCAUCAUCCACUGCGACCUCAAGCCCGAGAACAUCCUGCUCUGCAACCCCAAGCGCAGUGCCAUCAAGAUCGUGGACUUUGGCAGCUCCUGCCAGCUUGGCCAACGGAUCUAUCAGUACAUCCAGAGCCGUUUCUACCGUUCUCCCGAGGUGCUCCUGGGCACGCCCUAUGACCUGGCCAUCGACAUGUGGUCCCUGGGCUGCAUCCUUGUGGAGAUGCACACCGGGGAGCCCCUCUUCAGUGGCUCCAAUGAGGUGGACCAGAUGAACCGGAUUGUGGAGGUGCUGGGCAUCCCGCCAGCCCCCAUGCUGGACCAGGCCCCCAAGGCUCGCAAGUACUUUGAACGGCUGCCUGGGGGUGGCUGGACCCUACGAAGGACAAAGGAACUCAGGAAGGAUUACCAGGGCCCCGGGACACGGCGGCUGCAGGAGGUGCUGGGCGUGCAGACGGGCGGGCCCGGGGGCCGGCGGGCGGGGGAGCCGGGCCACAGCCCCGCCGACUACCUCCGCUUCCAGGACCUGGUGCUGCGCAUGCUGGAGUAUGAGCCCGCCGCCCGCAUCAGCCCGCUGGGGGCCCUGCAGCACGGCUUCUUCCGCCGCACUGCCGACGAGGCCACCAACACGGGCCCGGCAGGCAGCAGUGCCUCCACCUCGCCCGCACCCCUCGACACCUGCCCCUCCUCCAGCACCGCCAGCUCCAUCUCCAGCUCUGGAGGCUCCAGUGGCUCCUCCAAUGACAACCGGGCCUACCGGUACAGCAACCGAUAUUGUGGGGGCCCCGGGCCCCCCAUCACUGACUGUGAGAUGAACAGCCCCCAGGUCCCACUUUCCCAGCCGCUGCGCCCCUGGGCGGGGGGUGAUGUGCCCCACAAGCCACAUCAGGCCUGUGCCUCCGCUGUGUCACUUCCAGGGCCGGGGGCCCAGUUACUCCCCCAACCCCACUGCCUUGGCCGACCCCCAUCACCAACCUCACCGCCACCCCCGGAGCUGAUGGAUGUGAGCCUGGCGGGCGGCCCUCCGGACUGCUCCCCACCUCACCCAGCACCUGCCCCCCAGCACCCGGCUGCCUCAGCCCUCCGGACUCGGGUGACAGGAGGUCGUCCACCCCUCCCACCCCCCGACGACCCUGCCGCUCUGGGACCUCGCUUGGGCCUCCGUGGUGUGCCCCAGAGCACAGCAGCCAGCUCAUGACCCCGCCCUCUCCCUGGGGCCCCUCCUGAAGCCAUACCCCCUCCUCCCAUCUGGGGGCCCUGGGCUCCCAUCCUCAUCUCUCCCCUUGACUGGAAUUGCUGCUACCCAGCUGGGGUGGGUGAGGCCUGCACUGACCGGGGCCUAGGGCAGGGGGUGGAGGAGAGGGGUUCAGGCGUACCCUCCCCACUAAGGACUGGACCCUUGGCCCCCCCUUGUUUUCUAUUUAUUGUACCAAAGACAGUGGUGGUCCGGUGUUGGGGAGUCCCCUCUCACCCCAGGGCCCUAGGAGGGGGUGGGGGCAGGUAGGGGGAGAUGGCCUUGCUCCUCCUUGCUGUACCCCCCAGUAAAGAGCUUUCUCACA